CCCUGGAUUGUAGUAAUUUAUUAAUAUUAAGUCUAGAUCGAUUAUUAGAUGCAUGCAUGCGAUCUGGUUUUUCUCUUAACAAGCUACAUGAUGUGCUGGACACCAUGUCCAUGGCCACGUUCUGAAUUCCAAUCUCUCAACAACAACAACAACAACAAUCACAAUCUCAAACCCUUUCGUCACCGAGUCACGACUCAGUUCAUUAUAAUCAUCAAUUUCUCUCUGCCAUUCCAUAUGAUAUAUCUACACGGCAACGACAAUCUCGAAUCUGGAAAUCCGAAAUCCUCAACCUCGAACGUCGUUGUCCUUUCAAGAGAGAUAUACAUAUAGAUCUGCGAUUUUGAAUAGAACAAAUUAGGGUUUCGUCAAUGGCGUCAUCGCGGCGAGAGCGGAAGAAUCUCUCGCGUUGGUGAAAAAAAAAAAAAAAACUAAACUUCCGAUGGGCAACAACUGUGUGGGACCCAACGUCGGCAACGGCUUCCUCCAGUCCGUCACCGCGGCGGUGUGGAAAACGCGCCCGCCGGAGAACCGCCUUCCUCCGCCCAACGCCGAGGCCAAAGCCCCCGGCGGAUCCGCGCCUUCCACCGCAACCACAACCACCAACACCGCCGAUUCCUCGAAAUCACCGGAGCCUCCUCCCGGCAUGCCGGUCCAGAGCACACCGCCAGAGCCGGUCAAAAUGCCUGCCGCCGCCGCCGACGCUGCGAAACCGCUCCCGCUGAAGCCCGAGAAGCCGGCCUCGAGCCACGCCAUGGAGCCGGUCCCCGGCGGCGGCGAUAACAACCACCAGACCAAGAAGCCCACCCACUUGAAAAGGGUAUCUAGUGUGGGACUUCAAGUGGAAUCCGUGUUAGGUCGAAAAACCGAAAACAUGAAAGAGUUCUUUAGUUUGGGGCGCAAGUUAGGGCAAGGGCAAUUCGGGACAACGUUUUUAUGCGUCCAAAAGGGCACAAACAAAGACUUCGCUUGCAAAUCAAUCGCAAAGCGCAAAUUGACAACGCAGGAGGAUGUGGAAGAUGUAAGGAGGGAGAUUCAAAUCAUGCACCACUUGGCGGGUCACCCCAAUGUGAUACAAAUUGUUGGGGCUUAUGAGGAUGCUGUGGCUGUGCAUGUUGUCAUGGAGCUUUGUGCUGGAGGAGAGUUGUUUGAUAGGAUCAUUCAAAGGGGGCAUUACACUGAGAGAAAGGCUGCUGAACUUGCUAGGCUGAUUCUUAAUGUUGUGGAGGCUUGUCAUUCUCUUGGGGUCAUGCAUAGGGAUUUGAAGCCUGAGAAUUUUUUGUUUAUUAAUCAUGAGGAGGAGUCACCUCUUAAGACCAUUGAUUUUGGACUCUCUGUGUUCUUUAGACCAGGUGAAACAUUCACUGAUGUGGUUGGGAGCCCAUACUAUGUGGCCCCUGAAGUUUUGCGGAAGCAAUAUGGUCCAGAAUGUGAUGUUUGGAGUGCUGGGGUGAUCAUCUAUAUUUUACUCAGUGGAGUUCCCCCAUUUUGGGAUGAAACGGAACAGGGAAUAUUUGAGCAAGUUUUGAAAGGAGAACUUGACUUCAUUUCUGAACCCUGGCCUAGCAUAUCUGAAAGUGCAAAGGAUCUUGUUCGGAGGAUGCUUAUAAGGGACCCUAAGAAGCGGAUGACAGCACAUGAAGUUCUUUGCCACCCAUGGGUUCAGGUUGGAGGUGUUGCACCUGAUAAACCACUUGAUUCUGCUGUCUUGACUCGUUUGAAGCAAUUCUCUGCAAUGAACAAGCUCAAAAAAAUAGCCAUUAGAGUAAUUGCUGAAAACCUGUCUGAGGAAGAAAUUGCAGGACUGAAAGAAAUGUUCAAGAUGAUAGACACGGAUAACAGCGGACAGAUCACUCUUGAGGAACUGAAAAAUGGUUUGGAGAGAGUGGGUUCUGUUCUUAAGGAUUCUGAAAUUACUUGGCUAAUGGAAGCAGCAGACGUGGAUAACAGUGGUACCAUAGACUAUGGUGAAUUCUUAGCAGCUAUGCUUCAUCUAAACAAGAUCCAGAAGGAGGAUCAUCUAUAUGCUGCAUUCACAUACUUUGACAAAGAUGGGAGUGGAUACAUUACAAAAGAUGAGCUCCAACAAGCCUGCGAACAGUUCGGCCUAAAGGAUUAUCAUCUAGAUGAUAUAAUAUGUGAAAUUGACAAAGAUAAUGUAAUACAUUGCAUUCCAGUGGUUUACUUUUUCUGUUUUCUUUUAUUUGACUUGAAUUCUGCACUGUUUUCAGGAUGGACGCAUUGAUUACAGCGAGUUUGCAGCAAUGAUGCAAGACACUGAUUUUGGCAAAAUGGGUUUUUAAACAGCAUUAGUAAAAUUAUGGAUACCUUCAAGCAUUAGUGAACUCUUGAUCUUGCCAAAUGGGGACUUGAUAGAUAGAUAGUCUCACAGAUAGCAUAUUUUCUCUUCCAGAUGCCUAAGUUAUGUAAGUACAUGCACUUAGAAAUUGUUUGAGCUUCAGGGGAGAGGAAGCUUCAAUGGCCUGCUAAACAUAGUGUUUAUGUAUUUACAAAUCAUUCUUUUAUUGAAUUAGCCUAGUGCAAUAGAUCACAGUUUUUCCUGUCGAAUCUGCAACCCUUUUUUGGGGGGUAAAUGGAUGGUAGAAUGAUUUUUCAGCAUGUGAUAUGAUGGUGCUACUUAGUGAUGGUUCUCACUCUACAUCCAAUUGGGAACAAAUUUCCAAAAGCAGUGAUGAAGGACAUGCAUUUAUGCACAUCCAGCUGUGCAUGUCUUGAAUCUUAAAGCCAUGCCAUCUUUCAGUGAGUCUCAAAUCAUGUGCUCAUGCUGAAUAUCAUGUUGUAUCAACUCAUGUACCCUGUUUGCAUUCAUGUAUAGAGCUAAGUUAUCUGUAGCUUUGGUUUAAUGAUGUUUCACUUUGAGUGUAUACACACAAUCGUUAUUUUUUUUUUCCUUUUUCUUUUGUAACUGUGUAUUUCUUGCCAAUGACACAAAUAAUGAAUUUGAUUAGAAUCAUGAGAUGCAA